UGGAGUGGCUGCAUGACGUCAUAAGACUGCGCCGCGCUGCUGCAUCUGUUGUGAUUCUGCCGAAGAAAGUAAAAAUCGACAGAAACGGUUAACUCUGUUAAUGAUUCUUCUUAAAGAUGGCAUUUAUUAAAGAGGAGACUGAAGACAUGAAGAUUGAUUUUAUUAAAGAGGAGACUGAAGAUAUAAAGAUAGUGUUUAUUAAAGAGGAAACUGAAGACCUGAGGAUCGAAGAAACAUUCAGUGUGAAACAUGAAGAUACUGAGGAACAAACAGAGCUGACGGAAGUGAAGGAGGAGUGUGAAGAACAGAGUGAAGUGGAGGAGGAACAUCAUGACAAACCUGGAGAAAAACCUUUGAAUCGCUCAAUGACUAAAAAUACAUUUUUAAAGAAAAGAGACAAGAAAUCUACAACCUGCACUCAGUGUGGAAAGAGUUUAUCAACCAAACAACAUCUUGAGGUUCACAUGAGGAUCCACACAGGAGAGAAGCCGUUCACAUGUCAUCAGUGUGGGAAGAGCUUCAAACAAAAAGGACAUCUUAAGGAACACAUGAGAGUUCACAGUGGAGAGAAGCCACACAUAUGUGAUCAAUGUGGGAAGAGUUUCACAACCAAACAAAGUCUUGAGACUCACAGUGCAGUUCAUACCGGAGAGAAGCAGUUUGCAUGUAAUGAAUGCGGCAAAACAUUUCUAUGGGCAUCAAACCUGAAGAAACAUCUGACAGUUCAUACAAAGGAGAAGCCACAUUCAUGUUCUGUGUGUGGAAAGAGUUUUUCACAGCUGUAUAGUUUACAAGAACAUGAGAGAAUUCAUACUGGUGUGAGAGAGUACAUGUGCUUUCAAUGUGAGAAGACUUUUACUACAGCAAACAGUUUAAAACAGCACCAGAGAAUUCACACUGGAGAAAAACCUUACAAGUGUUCACACUGUGACAAGAGAUUCAGUCAGUCAACACAUCUGAAAACACAUGAGAGGAUCCACACUGGAGAAAAACCUCACAAGUGUUCAUACUGUGAAAAGAGAUUCAGUGUGUCAUCAGAUAUGAAAACACAUGAGAUGAUCCACACUGGAGAAAAACCUUACAAGUGUUCAUACUGUGACAAGAGAUUCAGUCUCUCAUCAUAUGUGAAAACGCAUGAGAGGAUCCACACUGGAGAAAAACCUUACAAGUGUUUACACUGUGACAAGAGAUUCAAUAAGUCAUCAUCUCUGAAAAGACAUGAGAGUAUCCACAACAGAGAAGCCACAUAUGUGUGAUCAGUGUGGAAA